ACGGAAGUCCAGCAGUGCUCUCACGUUUUAUUUCAAUCAGCGGGCAUGUCUGAAAUUUCAGGGAAAUGUUCCACGUUUUGUUUGUUCCUUAAUUAAAACAGUUUUUCUUCUUCUGAGAAGUGAGAUGCUCAUUCCGAAACUUGUGACGCGGAAGGAUGUAGGCGAGUCUGAGCAGAGCGGUUUAUCUGGACAGAUGCAGGUUAUGUUAUUCUCAGACGUCUGAUAGAUUAACUCACACACUGUUCACUUUCUGUUUGUGAGGACGGACAAAAUUUUACCUUAAGAGCCUGCAGAAGAUCUCUGGUGAGCAUGAAAUGAGUCCACAUUUAACAGCCACGUGUCUUUUGUAGUUACUCAUUUUUGUAGUUUCAUGUCUUAACAGGUAGAUGUUUACUUAAAUAAAUUUUACAGCUUUUUUUUGUUCACCAGGACUUUCACAUUUGUCUGUGGAGAGAUGAUCCCACUCCUGUUACUGGUUGUUUUUAGUCUUGACAUUUGGUUUGAUAUGUGUUUGUGUUUUUUCAGGUUCACAGCAUCUUUAAAUCAUCAUGACAAUCCAGGCUGUCAUCGACUUUGCAGCUGGAGCAGUAGGUGAGUAAACACAUCUAUCUAUUUAAUUAAAAGUUUUUUUUUCCUCUCGGUUGUUUGCCAAAGAUAUCUACUGAACCAAACAAAAAUGGGUUUAUGUUUUGCUAAGUGACUCAGUAAUCAGCCUCCGCUCCAUUUACCAGAAGAGGAAAGUUUUGGUUUCACUCUCCUGAGGGUCUUCACUACAGAGGCGAUAGUCUGUGGGAGGUAGGGCUGGGCGAUGUGGACCAAAAGUCAUAUCCUGAUAUAUUUACGAUCUAUAUCAUGAUAUUCUUAUCGCAAAGUGAGAGCAAAUGUUUAGUAACAGUCAAAGCCAAAUAUAACAUGUCACAAGUAGUUCUAUUUAAACUGGCCAGAUGAAAUUAUGCUCAGCUGUUUAAUGAAAAAUAAAAUGUGUAACCACAGGAGUAACUUUUUUUUUUUUAAAUUGGAGCUCAAUAAGGUGCACAUUUAAAUGACAAAUAUAUCUUCAAUAAAAAUAUCCCAUAAAGUAAAAAAGGCCAAUCUUUAUGAGAAAAGCAUCAACAUUUUGACAACUAUAAAUGGCCAAUUAAAAUCAAAUUACAGAUUUUCUUCUCCUCUCUACCAAAUCCACAGAUGCAAACAUGAACACUACAAAAGAAUUAAACUUGACAAACCCUAGUAAGGGCAGCAUUUACACGUAUAAACAAAAUAAAGUGCUCAGUUUAAGAAAAUGCUUUUUAAACAUCCUGUUCUUUCUUUUUUACUUUAAUAAACAGUUAGUGGUGUUUUGAGGUAGACAUAUGAGGACAGAUAAGUGUGUCCUUUUUUUGAAGAUUUUGUGUGAGAAACACCAGCCUGUCAACAACAGUAACUGAUAUCUGUAUAUCGAUAUAUGCGUUACGGUCCAAUUCUAUAUCUCAUUUAAAAAUAUAUAGAUUUCUUAUAAUUGAUAAAUCGCCCAGUCCUAGUGUGAGGUGCAUUUUUAUCACUACAUAGUCAAUUAAAACCAUUAUUUUAUUCUUUGGGUGGAGUUUAGAAGUUUAAAACUCCGUUAUUGUGGUGCAAUAGCAUGUCUAUUUAGGAGAAAAUGAAAAUCACGAAUCGACAGAGAUCUCUGUUCUCUGUUUCUGUCGCCUCUGCUGUGAUAAGUCACACCUCAUCUGCUUCAGUUUCACAUUUGUUGUACUUCCUCUUCAGGUGGGACGGCAUGUGUCCUCAGCGGUCAGCCGUUUGACACCACAAAGGUGAAGAUGCAGACGUUCCCUAAUGCCUACCGUGGCUUCAUCCACUGCUUCACAUCCACCUGGAGACAGGUGGGGAUUCGUGGUCUCUACAAAGGCACAACCCCAGCACUCAUCGCCAACAUCAGCGAGAACGCCGUGCUCUUCUUGAGUUAUGGUCGCUGUCAGGACGUGGUCCGCUUCGUGUGCGGGAUGGACAAAGGCUCCAGUCUGAGGUUUGAAGCUCAGACCGUGACCUCUUACAUCGCUGGCUGUUGCGAUAGAGUUUGAGAAAUCUAAUUAGAGAGACAUGACGAAUAUUUCCGUGAAGUGAGAGUGAUGUUAUUCGGGUCAGCUUCAGUUGGACUUCUAGGAACUGUCAUGGUUAUAUGUAUUUUCUGCUUGUGUCAACAUUGUUAAAAGUUCUGAUCUCCACCCUGAUUUCACUUUUUUUCCAUGAACUUCUUCCUUUUUACACUCUAACCUCUACCUUUGAACUGAGUUAGUUUAUUGAGCUAUGAAUUUAACAACCCAAGGUUUUUGGGGGUGGAUUUCUAAAGAUCUGUCUUAAAGGUUUUUAUUGAAACCUUUAAGUUUGAAAAGAUUCACAUUGACACAAAAAUAACAAACGUCUGACACGGUAAAAAGCCAACAGAGCUGAGUGUUUACAUGUUUAUCGUCAUGCAAGUUCAUUAUUUUCUGCAGCAAUCUGAUGGUCAUUGCUCUUCUAAGUAUGCUGCAAGGUAUGUCAGGAAUUUCAAGAAUUCUCAUCGCACUUUGUAAUCCAAACCAAAAGUGAAAGACUUCUUGCAGAUCAUGUGAUAAGAGAACAAGUUUCCCUUGUGGUCAUUUCGAAAGUGAAUGCACGUUAACGGCUAAACUUGUAAACAUCCUCCGGACUAGGGUGUGACUUCCUUAUGCAUGCUCAAAACCUUUUGUUCUGUGUUAUUUUUAUCGUUCAGUGAUAUUCAGAAAGCCACCUCAGGCUCCAUGGCCUCCAUCUUUUCGGCCAUGGCUAUCUGCCCCACUGAGCUGGUGAAAUGUCGCCUGCAGGCCAUGCACGAGAUGGAGGCGAGCGGGAAGGUGGCGAGCGGGCAGAGAAGGUCUGUGGGAGCAUAAAGAGACAUUUGAGUUAAGUUCAGAUUUUCACAUGUUUGACCAUGCCUGUGUUGUGUUUUGUGUUUCCAGCACAGUGUGGACGGUCGUCAAGACGGUGCUGAAGAAUAACGGCCCCCUGGGUUUCUACCAGGGACUGUCCUCCACCAUCGUGAGGGAGAUACCGGGUUACUUCUGCUUCUUUGGAGCCUAUGAGCUGUGUCGCUCCAAAUUCGCACAAUACUUUGGCACAGACAAAGAAAACAUUGGUAUGGUUUUAUCAUUUAUACACUUAUUUUAAGACACAUUUUUAACAUAAAUCGAUCCACAAACACUCGGGUCUUUGCAGGCAUCCUUCCUCUGAUGUUCAGCGGUGGAUUCGGAGGAGCUUGUCUCUGGAUUGUGGUCUAUCCUAUGGAUUGUGUGAAGUCCAGGAUCCAGGUGCACUCUUUAGCUGGCAGACAGGAGGGCUUCAGGAAGACCCUCAUUGGAGUCAUUCGCACCGGAGGUAAGACGUGAAAAAUGGUCGUUUUCCAACCUGCCUUCGUAUGUCUGAAGGGCUAACGUGCUCUUAAAUACAGUCUUUAGGGAGGUGGCAUUGUUUAAUUAACAAACAGUGAGGUUGACACACUUCAGACUUUUAACACUUUGUGACAGUGAAAACAUGACUCCAUACGCGGUGCAAAUAUUUGAGGAUGUGUGUGUGAGCAUAAAGUGACAUAAAUUUGGAUGUGCUGCACAGUAAGAGCAGUAAUCGAGGUUAAGAGACUCACAACCUAACAGCGUUGAAUAUUUGUUAGUUUCUGUAGUGAAAUGCUGAAAAUGUGGUUUAACUGGAAUCCCUGAGAGAAGGAGGCUGAUGUUUGAGUUUUAAUGCAAACACUGAAUGAUGACGUUUAAAGUCACCUGAGGAACCAAAGCUGUUAAAGUUCCACUAAAGGAGUAUAGAGAGACAUACAGCAGAGUCCAAACGUAUAUGACUCAUCCAGGUCAAAUCACGCAUGCAGCGCUAAAAAAGACGUCUCCACAGUUUAAAAACCAGUCUGGCUUUUUCUGACACAUGUGACUGAAUGAAACUGCACAUCUCCUUUUUAUGUGCAUGUUUAAUAUGAACUGAGUCACAGCCACAUAACACACCAUCUGCACCAUCUGUCGGCAUGGCGCAGAGCUGCAGACAGUGUCACUCACACUGAACGGAUCAGGUCGAACGCUUGGAGAGUAUCUUUAGAUUGACAUGAAGUGACCUGAAGAUUGAACAGAGGCGAAAAAUAAAACCUAAGUGAAAACACAACCAGCCUCAAGUUAACCCCUGAAUGCACCACUUGCGCUCUGACUCAAACACACAGAGUGAGUUUAUUGUGUUAGUGAUCUGAAGGCCUGACUCAUCCUGAGGGAACGGUGUGUGUGUGUGUGUCGCUGUUCGACUCUGUUUCCCCUCAGGGUUCUCCGCUCUGUACUCUGGCCUGACUCCGACCCUGAUACGCACCUUCCCUGCCAACGGAGCUCUUUUCCUGGCGUAUGAGUUCAGCCGCAAGUUCAUGAUGGAGAAAGUGGGAGGCUGAUGUGGACGAUGUUUACACUUGAACAGAGUAUUCUGCGCUCAUCCUACACGAUUGUUUUUUUACUUCAAAACUGAGACAUGAAAUUUAUAUUUAGAGAGUUUUAUCGAGUUUUAUUGUUUAUGACUUGACUGUAUUCUGCUGCUCUCUAUGAUGCACUGUUUGCUCGUAUUUUAAAUAAACUUUGAAACAUUUGGUACACAGAUUUCAUGCAGUUCUGCCUUUUAAUUUAUCAACACCAACAAAUCUUGAAGUAUCUCUAAGUAAAGCGACCCAGCUUCUUUAGUUUUGCUUCUUCAAUCGUGGCCUCCAUCUCAUCCUGCCUGUUUCUUCUGCAUUUGGGUCUUUGAGCCCUAAUCUCAAACCAAAGUCUCCUAUUGCACCAAAGUUUUUUAUGAUUCAUUUUAAUAAAUUUGAAUCCUUUCUCCUCAAAAUCUCUGAAAAAAUUCCUGCUUUCAAAUGUUCAAAGCAUAGACUGUAUAUAGAAGGGACAGAGUCUGCCUCCUCGCUGGGUAAAGCCACUCCGAGAACAGCACCCUCUGUUGAUGGGCUGCAGUAUAGGUCAUAAAUCCCGCCUCCGCCAGCAAAGUUUAUGGAGCUGUGGACAAACUUUAGAAAUUUAUUACACAGAACAUAAUUUUUUUCUUGUGAUGUUGACAUGUAGUUAUUGUAAGACUGGUUUGUGCUCAAGUCUGAGCUUAAGUCUUUUUAAAAGUUAUUAGGGGGUGCAUGUUUUCUAUGAUUGACACUUGAUACAGCCUAUGGGCGUUCAGGGAUUGCAUAACUCUCGCUGGGGAUACGCUGUUUGAGCCGAGCAUCAUCACAGCGACUCUCUGCGGCCGAAUGCGCACAACGCCACUGCGCAGCGCUGGUUUCAGGAAAUGAAGAAAAACCCGGAAGUACUGAGAGCUAUUUGGCUUCAAAUCCGUAAACAGGCGGUAGGCGGAACCAAGUUGUCCAUAGUUUAAUACAGUCUAUGGUUCAAAGUCAGAUUUAAUGUGAAAAGUUAAAGAUGAGACCUCUCCUUAAAACACUGCUUUAAAACAUAUGUUAUUAGCAUUUAAUCUUCUAUAAUCUUAAAUUUAAUGUGAUUUCUUCUAGGCAGAGUAGAUGGCGCCUCAGCUGAUCUGAGUGUCACGUGACUCAAUAUCACGUGACAGUCAAUUAACGGGAAAAGGAAGGUUACAAACUGCUGACACGCUGGUUAAAAUGACUCAGACACUUCUCUGUAAUCAUUCACUUUAGGGUGUGGGUUAAACUGGCUUCAGCUGUACUUCCUUAAACUUCACAGAAACACAAAAUAGUUUAAAAUCUGUAAAGUAAAUAAUAAGGUUGAUUAAAUGCACAGUUUUUCUCUUACUUUACACACAUUUAAAUAGACUUUGGUUAGUUA